GUGGGUGUUGUGGACAUUGGGGGAUUGCGGAUGAUUUUUUUCAUAAAUCUAUCGAAAGGGUAGCUUCUGAGUGACCUCAAUAUUAUAGCAGCUGUUAGGCGCGAUGUCAAUGUCGAUGUUGAUGUUGGCGACUAUGGCGAGUUUGAGUUCAUUGGAGUCUAGCUCAAGCUGUGAGGAGUUCAGAACGGAAAAGGCAUUGUGAAUUGUGAUUAACAUUUACUUUAAUUUCGAAAGUGGCAUUUUCAAGAAAAUGGCAUGGGGCAUUGUUAUGCAUUGGUAUUGAAUCUACUGUUCACUCGGACACAGAAUAGCUAGAACGGUGUAGGUAUAUAGCCUUGGUUCAGGUUGGAAGUUUGGAACAGUGAGAUGCUUAAAAAAUCAAAAUACUUAAAAAAAUGGUUGAAUCAUGUAGUGUUUGAAGGCUCAUUGAACUUACCUUUGGUCUAGGUCAGAGUGUUAUAUGUUCAAUGUGACAAUCAAAUAAGGAUGGUUCUAGUAUGAAUAAUGUUAGAAAGUAGGUAACUUGGCGUUCAUUAAUAGUGCGAGAGCGGAUGCCACGUCAAAGUUUUCCAACCAAGGAGAGGCGCUGUAGGUUUGCAGGUUGUAGAUUGUAGGUAAGGUUAGGUCAGGUUAGGUUUGUUUUGGUUCGGUUAGAAAGAAGCAUCUCCUGGUAUAACACAUCUCCUUGGUUGGAAAACCUUCAUGUGACAAUUAACAACCAGGUGUUAUUCUCAGUGAAACUCAGAAGCUGGACUCUCCAACUCAACAACAAUGAGUGUCAGAAGUGGGGCAGCCAAUGACAAAGCCACUGAUAUUCUCUCUGGAGGCAACAAAAACAACAGCACAAAGAUCAGUCAAGAGGCUAUGACCGAGGAGGCCCUCCUGGCUAAAGGUGUGAUCACACCAGAGGACGUGCUCCGGCUGGAUAACAUUACACAGAACUACCUGUGUGCUCCUGAGGCCAAUGUUUACGAGAUUGACUUCACACGGUUCAAGAUACGCGAUCUAGACAGCGGUGCAGUGCUUUUCGAAAUCGCCAAACCUACUGUUGAAUUUGAGCCAGAGGAGGGCGGUGAGUCGGAGGAGCUGGACCACAACGCUGGCCGCUUCGUGCGCUACCAUUUCACGCCCAAAUUUCUCCAGCUGAAGGCCAUCGGCGCCACUGUGGAGUUCUCCGUCGGUGACCAGCCGGUAAAUAAUUUCCGAAUGAUCGAGCGCCAUUUCUUCCGCGGGAAGCUGCUCAAGACGUUCGACUUUGAGUUCGGAUUCUGCAUUCCGAACUCGCGAAACACUUGCGAGCACAUCUACGAGUUUCCCAGCAUCGGUCCUGACACAGUGGAGGAAAUGAUCCGACACCCGUACGAGACGCGCUCGGACAGCUUCUACUUCGUCGACAACAAGCUCAUCAUGCACAACAAGGCUGACUACGCGUACAACGGCUAGCGUGCUGUCGACGGCGCACCGACCGCUCGAAGCGACCUCUGACGCCGGGUCAGACCGGUAGGCGGGCAGAGGGUGGUCUCUGGUGGGUGGCACCGAUCGGGAUGAGGUGGGAACGGGGUCCAGCGGGGAGGGUGAGAGCCUGUCUGGGGGUGUGGGUGGGUCUACCGAACGGGUGGUGUCACAGUGUGUGUGGGUGUGACAGCUAGCCAGUUGGCGGUGGCCGUCAGAAUGAGUGGAUCGUUUCACUCGGGGACGGGUGACGCCAGAGGCCGCUAGCGCCGUCUCCGUGCGCGGGCACGGCCGACCUUGGCGCUGUCUGGUUUCCCCUGGUUUCUGAGCUCCGUCCACCGGCGUGGUAUACUGGGCUGAAGGCACCCCUCUCCCAGUGCUGGGCGGCUGCCGCUGGUCUGCUGGACAGACAGUAUCCCUUUCAAUGCUGGGUAGCUGCUCGACAGUGCUGGAGGCAGGAUCACCAACGCUUCACGCUCCCCAGCACGGACUACUGGGCCCCACUGGGCGCACUCACCAGUCCUGCACCUUCACACAUGGGUUGGUUUCCACCGCGGUCGGUAGCCUCUGUGCGGGGCAGGGUAAUAUGUGGCGUACCCGCUGUCUUGGCGCACAUUGCCUCCACCGUCUUGAAAUGAGGAUGUGCCGCAUACGAAGACAUAAGGUACCAAAGAGCAGAUUUCUAGGGCUGGCGACUGGCCACAUUGUCCUGCAAUAUGGGACACUGGUGUGGAUGCUUUUUAGAAUAUUUUGUUAUUUAUUUUUGCACAUCUUGAGCAUGAGAAGCGGUGGUGCUGGUGGUCGAUCUAUGAUAUUUUAAGACGCUUAUUUCCAGAGAGGUACCAGAGGCACGCUCUGAUGUAUUCUAUAUUGGUCAUUGUGUUGAUGUGUAUGUCAAGCUGACCGGUGUCCUGUGCAUGUUUUGUAGCGCUGUUGUGACACAAACACAGACACACACUCGCAGCUACCUUAGGCAGCCGUUCGUUUUAUCUGAUCUCUCUGAUGUGUGAUGUGGAAAAUGUUAACAGGCUAUGGUAAUAGGGCAGCAGUGAUCAGCUUUCCAUCCACACUUGUCGCGCCGCCAUACCUGUCAUACACACGCACAUACACGAAACACGCAUACACAUACACCAUUCCGUCCUGUCGGCGCUGGUCCGGCGCGGUUGUCAUGGCGACGGGUAGCACUAGGUCACGUGCUGUUGUUUGGGGAGCACCCCACGUGUCAGAUCGAGCUACACUGAAUCGGCCGAUAUUCGUGUGUUAUUGUGAAGGCGAUCUACGCCUAAAUCCAAAGCGUGCUUUGGAAUAUACUGCACCUUAUAUUCA